AUGGACAUGAAUUUCGGUGCACUGUUGGACUUGGACCGCAAUCAACAAGACUGUUUGGAGCCCGCCGCCACCGCCACCUCAGCCGCGUCGUCGGUCACCGUGAUCGUGUCGAGCAACCACAACAGCAGCAGCAGCAGCAGCAGCAACCGCAGUACUCCGUCAAGCUUUCCGCCGGUCGCCGACUACCGUCAUCAGCAGCACCGCCGCCAGCACGUUCAGCCCGCCGCCGGCGACGUCCGCCACUUACACGACCGCGACGACCGCCUAGACGGCGUGGACAUGCACGCGACCCAAUUAUCCUCGUCGGCCGUCAACGGAUACGACACCAUGAUGAUCGCUGGUUACAAUAACUACUGCAGCAGCAGCUCCGCGUACGACCCGUACAACGGCUACACGCAAACGUUCGCAUCGCUGCCGCCGUACGACGACAUCCGAAACACUGCUCCGCUGUUGCCUCUUCUGCACCCACAACAACACGUAAUGCCACAGCAACACUGUCCGGUGUUGCACGCCAGCGAUGAGAUGCAGACCGCAGCGGUAAGCGUGCAGCGCAAGCGGGAGAAGCAGAAGCGCCAGAGGACCGCUUACUCGAGCGAACAACUGAUGCACCUCGAGGAGUCGUUCACGGCCAACCAGUACUUGAACAGGGCUAGGCGCAUCGAUCUGGCUCGGACGCUGCGGCUGACAGAAAGACAGAUCAAGAUUUGGUUUCAAAACAGGCGCAUGAAAGAGAAGAAGUCCAAGAGAGAUUCCGGCCAAGUGGAAUCUACCAGCGGCAGCGUGACAGCCAUGACGCCGGCGGCCUUGGCUGCGAUUAACGGCCCUCCGCCCCCGCCGGUGGUGCCGGUAACCGUGGUCGGCUGCGGCGGCGGUUACGGCGCAGAUCAUUACGCCAGCAACGGCUGCUCACCGCCGACCGCAAACAUGGCGAUGAAGUACAGUCCGUCGAGCACGUACUCGACACCGUCACCGCCGGGCGUCCAGGUCCAUCACCAACGCCAUCAGCUCGCCGAACAUCAGCGUCCAGGACCGUCGACCACGAUGCACCACCACUAUUCGCCGUACGGGCCAAACAUGUACAACGGAAACGCUUGCACGAUGCCGUCUCACCCGCCCACGUACGAGGAAACCGUCAACGGGCAGCAUCAAUCCGUGCCGCUGCCGCCGCAAGUGCACUUGCACUGGUAUCCGACCUCGGUCAUAGCGUCGCACGACUCUGCUGCCGACGGGUUGCAGUGA